AAAAACUCGAGCUGAUUCACAAUCAACUUAUUACGUUUCUUGGAAUUGGUAACAGUUAAGUAUAAAAUGAGCUUCUACUUCCAAAUAUCUACGGCCUUUUUGAUUCUACUGGGACUCCUCGUGGUAGCAGAAAGUGGUUUUGCCAAAAAACGUCAACACCCUAAACCACAUUUGAAGGCUGAARAACAUGUAGAAAUCAAAGCUCAACAAGAAGCAAAGGCUGAGCCUUCAAAGACAACAAGGGGUGCCCUUGGUCAAGGCUUCGAUCUCAAUAAAAUCGAUUUGCUCAGCAAGCAAUUGCAAGCAUCUGGAUCAAAAGUUUUCGAGGACUUUGAUUAUGAUGAGUGCACAGUUACCGACAAAUUUGGUACUACUCAAAAAGAUGACUCCUUCUACAGCAGCACAGAGUCCCUGUACAAAUCCGUUUCAAGCAACUCAAAGAUUAGUGCAAGUCUGAAAGGUGCAUACUCUCUGGGUGCUUCAAUAUCAGCCGUCACUAACAACAUCAAUUCAGGAAACACAGAGAUCUCUGGGCUAUCACUYAACAUCAAGGCAUACAGCAUGUCAACUUCGCUGAAGCAAGACUGCAUCAACAAAAAACCAUUGGCYAAAGAUCUUGUCAAAGACUUUGAAAAUCUAGGAAAGAAAGUCGAAAACCCACACAAGUUGCAGUCCUGGAGAGCGUACAAGGUAUUUCUGGAGAAGUAUGGGUCACACAUUGUGAAGGAGUCUCAAUCCGGCUCRAGCAUCUACCAAUAUGUCUUUGCUAAAUCUGAAAAGCAGUUCAGCCAACGUGACUUCACUGUCAAGGCUUGCUUGGAAUUAGCAGGUCCUACUCAAGCAGGAGAGCUAGGAGUUUCUGCUUGUUCGGAAGUAUCGGAAGAAGAAAAGAAAGAGUCGUCUAAAAAAUCGAUGGUCAAAAAGAUGGUUGUCAGAGGGGGCACAGCAGACACAAGGGCGGACUUGACGGGCGAGCUCACCAAWGAACAGAUUAACAAGUUCAUGAAAGAAGGACAAUCCGACCCAUCACCGAUCAAUUAUGCCUUUUAUCCAAUAUGGACUAUUCUAAAAUCCAGGUACAUUGGUACAGACCAUUUCGCAAAGGCGGUUAAUCUGGAGCAGUUUUACAAAGGAUAUCUGAGUUUUGGAUGCUCCCACGAAAAAACCAGCAACGAUAAGGAAAUCCARAAAUUCGACCUUGCUGAAGACAGCGACCCAGAGGCCCCGUCGUAUGUGUGCAAAAUUGGUCCAGAAGGAUGUCAUGUUGACGAUGACUGUCACUAYGAAAAUGCGUUCUGGUGCUCAUGCUCCGGUGAGUCUUGUCUUCGAUACAAAGAAACUAAACUCAACAGUGGAUCAACCAAGAAAGAGGCCUAUGCAUGGACAGGCAGUUCAUGGGGCUGGCAAGGAUGCGAGCGAAGUGUGUUUUCUUGCUAUUGUAGUGAUCCUAGAAAGAACUGGGACGAGACCUGGUCAGGAGAUAUUGAUGGCACUUUAAAAGAUGUACACCACAKGCUUAAACGACGCCGUGACCAAACUAAACGACAGCAAUGUCCAAAAUGAUCGAAAGGGAAAGUGCAAUGUAAACUUAAGUAGUAUAAAG